AUGUCUUUGGCAGAGAAAGGCUCCGUCGAAGCGCCGCGGCCACGUCGAAUCCCAUAUUGGCGCAUCCUAACUGAUCAGGGGUUUUGUACACCCGAAGUUAUCGAGUAUCCCUACGCCGGAGCUGGAACCGACGAUGACCCUUAUGUCGUCGAAUGGAUCCCCAAUGAUCCUCGCAAUCCGAUGGAAUUUGACGCCAGUCUGAAAUGGACGUACACUAUUAUAGUCGCAUUUGCGACCCUCGCAGUCUCGCUAUCCUCUUCGGCAUACGCAGGUGGCAUCAACGAAGUACUUGUGGACCUACACGUCGGAGAAGAAGUGGCUACUCUGGGCGUAAGCUUGUUUGUUUUGGGCUUUGCUGUCGGUCCUUUACUUUGGGCUCCUCUUAGUGAGCUUAUCGGGCGCCAGAUUGUGUUUUUGGUCACAUUCCUUGCACUCUCGGUGUUCUGUGCUGGAGCUGCGGGUUCUCAGCAUGCUUACGUCCUUAUAAUUCUUCGUUUCCUUGCCGGAUCCUUUGGAUCAUCGCCUUUUACAAACGCCGGCGGUGUUAUUGCGGAUAUUUUUCCAGCUGAGAGCCGCGGCUUGGCAACUAGUCUUUUUGCUGGUGCACCUUUCCUCGGACCUACCCUUGGGCCUGUCAUUGGAGGCUUUUUAGGUGAAAACGCCGGUUGGAAAUGGGUGCAAGGCUUCUUGGCUGUCUUUACCGGACUUAUCUGGAUAGUGGGGAGCCUGAUUGUUCCGGAAACAUAUGCUCCAGUCUUGUUGCGCAAGAGAGCAGAGCGCCUAUCGAAAAUAACAGGGAAGGUUUAUCGCAGUAGACUGGAUAUUGAUCGAGGAAAGGUCUCUGCGCGAACCGCGUUUGGGACUGCCCUCAAGCGUCCAUGGAUUCUAUUAUUUGCAGAACCCAUCGUUCUCUUGCUUUCUAUCUACAUGGCAAUUGUCUACGGCACACUAUACAUGCUUUUUGAUGCCUUUCCUAUCAUCUUCCAGGAGAUCAGAGGCUGGAGUGAAGGUAUCGGCAGCUUACCGUUUCUUUCGGUGAUGAUCGGAAUGAUGAUUGCAGUUGGGUUGAACAUGUAUGACAACAAACGCUAUGUCCGUAUCCACAAGGCACACAAUGGCUUUGCGCCGCCCGAAGCACGUCUUCCCCCAACUAUGCUGGGCGGACUGGCCAUCCCUAUCGGCCUCUUCUGGUUUGCGUGGACCAAUUAUCCGUCCAUUCACUGGAUUGUCUGUGUACUCGCGACUGCCCCGUUUGGCUUCGGCAUGGUAUUUGUCUUUCUGGGUAUCAUGAACUAUCUCAUCGAUUCUUACACGAUCUACGCUGCGUCUGUUUUGGCCGCCAACUCUAUCAUCCGAUCAUGCUUUGGUGCUGGCUUUCCACUUUUUACCACAUACAUGUACAACAACUUGGGCAUACAUUGGGCAUCUUGCGUUCCAGCAUUCCUCUCGCUCGCUUGUGUUCCGUUCCCUUUCAUCUUCUAUCGCUACGGACCUGCUAUUCGUCGCAAAUGCAAAUAUUCUGCAGAGGCCGAUGACUUCAUGCGUGCGUUGGCUCGAAAGGCCCCUGAGGCAAGCACCGUCAAUACGGAAAAAUCAAAAGUGAAUGCGGAAGCAGAAGAGGCACAGGCCUCAGAGUCAAAACUUGUUGAGGAGGACUGCGAAUCUGUUUCUUCUCGCUCGUCCUUGGAGCGGGUCGAGACAACGUACGAAGCCAAUCCAUUCGAUAUUGAUCGUGUUAAUACGCGUAACUCUGCUAUUACACAGAAAUCGAAAUCGAUCCAUGAGAAGACUUCGAAGGUCUUUAGCUUCGGCCGAAAGUGA